UCUCUCUCAAGCAUCAAGAUAGAGACUCAAGUCUCUCCAUCACCACUUCGCUUCUAAUUAAGUCGAUCUGAUCCCAGCUUCGAUUCCCAGCAAACUCAGGUGAAGCUCCAACAGAUUUCUAUCCCACAUCCUUCCACAGGUCAUCUGCUACAAGUAGGAAAUGAGCAUACAAAGAAGUACCUCAACAUCUUUCCCCGCUUUAACUCGGUGGGAAUAUGAUGUUUUUAUUAGCUUUCGAGGCGAGGAUACUCGCAAGGGUUUUACAGACAAUUUAUACACUGCAUUAGACGAUCAAGGAAUCAAAACGUUCAGGGAUGAUCCUGAACUUGAAAAAGGUGAAGCUAUUGCUCCAGCACUUUCUGCUGCAAUUGAGAAAUCAAGAUUUGCUGUCAUUGUCCUCUCCCCAAAUUAUGCAACGUCGACGUGGUGCUUGGAUGAACUCGUACAAAUUCUUGAAUGCAUGAAAGCAAAUCCUGUUGAUGCGUCGUCAAGUGGUAGGGUGCUGCCAAUUUUCUAUAACGUUAAUCCCUCUGAUGUACGAAAGCAAACAGGGAGUUUUAAAGAAGCCUUCUGUAAUCUUGAAAAAAGGUUUGGGAUCGAUGGCAAGGAGAAGGUGCGAAGAUGGAGAUUUGCCUUAACUGAAGUGGCAAAUUUGUCUGGGCGGACUCUUGAAGAAUGCCGGUAUGAAAGAGAGCUCAUUAGAUACAUUGUUGAAGACAUAUUGAAAAAACUUCAAUUUGCAGCAUUCAGUAUUGCAGAAAAUCUAGUUGCAAUGGAGUCGAGAUUGCAGCCAGUCUUUUUGCAUUUGGGUUUAGGGGCGGAUGACGUCCGCUUCAUUGGGAUAUGGGGAAUGGGGGGGAUUGGUAAGACAACGAUGGUAACAGAGGUGUAUGUGAGGAUCUCUCGUGAAUUUGAAUGUAGUUACCUUCUGACCAAUGUUAGAGAUCACUCUGUUGAAAAGGAUGGUCUACUUAAUCUGCAAAAGCAACUUCUCUCUGGGAUGAUAAGCAGAGAAAAGGCUGAUAACAUAUUAAACUCUCAAGAUGGAGCUGCCGCAAUAAAGAGGCGGUUAGCUCGUAAAAGAGUUCUUCUCAUUCUUGAUAAUGUAAAACAGUUGAAAGAUUUAGAAUAUUUGGCUGGAAGCCCAAACUGGUUUGGUUCGGGGAGUAGAGUACUUAUCACGACUAGAGAUGAGCAUUUGUUGAUUCAACAUGAAGUUGAAAGACGAUUGAAGGUUGAAGAAUUAGAUGAGGGUGAUUCUCUUAAGCUUUUUAGCAAGAAAGCAUUCAAGGAAGAUUGCCCCGCAGAAGGUUUUCUCGAUUUGUCUGAAUAUGUUGUAAGUUAUGCAAAUGGUCUUCCUUUAGCUCUUGAAGUACUGGGUUCUUUCUUGUAUGGAAGAGAUCUUAGUGAAUGGAACAGUGCACUGAGCCAGUUGGGAGAAGUUUGUGCCUCGGAAAUAUUUGAAGUACUUAAAAUAAGUUACAAUGAUCUAAAUUCUCAUUGGAGGAAGAUAUUCCUAGACAUUGCAUGUUUCUUUGAUGGACAUGAGAAAGAUAAAGUAACCGAAGUGUUAAAUAGUUGCGAUGUUGCUGCUACUAUAGGAAUAAAAGUUCUCAUGGAGAGAUCUCUAGUGACUCUUUCAUAUGGAAGACUAUGCAUGCAUGAUUUGCUUAGAGAAAUGGGUCGGGAAAUUGUCCGCCUGGAAUCUCCUGAUGUGUUGGGCAAACGUAGUAGGUUGUGGCUUUUUGAAGAUGUCAGACAUAUCUUGACCACAAAUACUGGUACUGAGGAAGUAGAAGGCAUAUUUGUGCACUCAACUGAGCCCGAAGGGAAGGUGGACGUGAUUCCGAAUUCAUUUUCAUUGAUGCGCAAAUUGAGAUACCUAAAGAUUGAGAAUGCGAACCUACCCAAUGGGCUCGAAUAUCUUCCCAAUAGUAUACGGAUUCUUUGUUGGACAAGGUAUCCGUUACAAUCUUUGCCAGCAGAUUUCAGACCUCGGCAACUAUUUGAACUUACCUUGUGUCAUAGUUUCCUAAAACAUGUUCAAAUAGGCACUGAGAUUUUUUGCAAGUUGAAAAGCAUCAAUCUGAGUCACUCUCUGAAUCUAGUCAACACCCCAAACUUAAAAGAUAUGCCAUAUCUAGAGAUUCUGUGUCUCCAAGGUUGUAUAAGAUUGUGUGAGCUUGACCAAGGAAUUGAAGUGCUCGAGAGACUUACAGUGCUAAACUUGAAAGAUUGCAAGAAUCUUGUGCAUUUUGCAAGUAGUGUACGUGGGUUAAAAUCUCUUGAAGUUCUUGAUAUUUCUGGUUGCUCGAAGCUUAAAAAACUACCUAAUGACAUGGAUCACCUAGAAAGCUUGAAGGAGCUUUGUGUGAAUGGCAGUGGCAUAAGAGAAGUACCUUCCUCGAUUGGGAUGCUUGAACGACUUCAGCUGUUGAGAAUGGAAGAUUGCAAAGAUCUCGUGUCUCUUCCAAUCAGCGUACGGGGCUUAAAAUCUCUCAAGGUUGUUAAUAUUUCCGGUUGCUUAAAACUCGACAAACUUCCAGAGGAUUUGGGCCAUAUGGAGUGUUUGGUAAAGGUUGAUGCGAGUGAAACUUCUAUACGAGAAUUGCCUUGCUCUAUCGGCAUGCUUAAAGGACUUUUUUCUAUGUCCUUGAGAGAUUGCAAACAGCUUUCGUGUCUUCCAACUAGUAUAGGUGGUCUAAAGUCUCUCAAAUAUCUCAAUCUUUCUGGUUGCUUGAAGCUUGACAGAUUGCCAGAUGAGUUGGGUCAUAUUUCCAGUUUGGAGAAGCUUUAUAUGGGACGAAUUGGCAUAAGAGAGGUGCCCCCCUCUAUUAGUCUUUUGAAGAAUCUCAGAGUAUUCUCUCUUGCAGGAUAUAAAGCAGCUUCAUUUGAAUCAUGGAAUAUGAUGCUCAACCCUCUUCAGUUACUGCGAAAACAAAGCCACAUUCAAGCAGGAUUAUCGUUGUCAUGUUUGUUCGGGUUGCAUUCAUUGAUUAAAUUGGAUUUAAGUGACUGCAAUCUUUAUGACGAAGCAAUGCCCAGUGAUUUCGGAUGCUUAGCCUCAUUGAAGAGGUUGGAUUUGAGGAAUAAUCAAAUCGUCAGACUACCUGAGAGCAUCGGCCAACUCUCUCGACUUGAGUGGCUCUACUUGGAUGGGUGCAGUAAACUUCAGAUAGUACCAGAGCUAUCAUCUGAUGCAUGGGUAAACGCUUCCAACUGCACGUCAUUGGAUAUAAUGGCCAAUCGAACAGGACGAAGGAGUUUGUUGCCAAGAGGAAGAUAUAUUAACAGUCUCAACAAGGGGGAGAAUGAAAGCUGUGAGAGUGUAGCACUAACAUUGCUAGCACGCCACUUUGCGAGUAAAGCAUCUUACCAGACAUCACGUCAGUUGUUUACUGGCCCUGGGAAUGAAAUACCAGAGUGGUACAAUCACCGAGGAGAGGGGUCUUCUAUAACUAUAGACCUGCCACUUGGCUGGUUUACUAACUCGUUCAUGGGAUUCGCCAUGUGUGUGGUUUUUGACUCCCUCAACCCACCCCGCUAUUUGGAUUGGUGGGCCAUUGAUUGGUCAAUGACAGCCAUUGGUAAAUCCUCAAGUGUGUACGGACAGAGCCAGUUCCCACUAUUUGAGAAAAAGUGGGGUCAACCUGUGGGGGAUCACAUUUGGUUCCAUUACGUGAGUCAUGAUCAUUUCAAAGGAGAUUUUCAAGAUAUCAAGUAUGAGCUUAAAUUCUCAUUUGAACACAACUGGGAAACUGUGCGAAGGAAGAAGUGUGGUGUCCGUGUGGUAUAUGAGGAAGAUGCGGAGAAGAUUCGGCAAACAUAUUUGAAGCAAGGCAUGGGCAAUAAUACCAAGCGAGGUCUUCAACCCCUCUGUGAUGAUGUUGCAUCUAGUAGUACUGCAGGCCUGCAGCACAGGCUCAUUCAAAAGGAGUUAAACUGCGCCACCUUGAUGGUGCGGAACCAGUGGAAGCCCUAAAAAUUUAUGACCACAAACAUGGUUGGUGUUCUUUUAUAACAACUCUAUCCUGUGUGUUUAUUGUAUUUAGUAUUGAACAAAAUUGUAGGACAGUGCUAAUGUAGUGAACGAGGGUGUUUAUUCCUACUGUUAUUGAGGCUAGCUAGCUUUUUCUACUCACAGUCAUUCUCUUUAUACUUUCUCCUUGUCGCUGAUGUGUUUUCAUCUAUUUACUUUUGUUCGCGAAUGGGUUUUCAUAAGUUACAUGGUUUUGGAGCUAAAUAUUUUUGAAAUUUUGAGAAAUCUCAGCUACUUUCCCCUUUGAAU